UGGUUAUACGAUGCCGUUCAGGAAUUUCUCAGGAAAGGCCAGCGUCUCCGAUUACACAUGGUUCUCGAACGCAAUGUUUUGGUUCAACGCUAGAGAAGGUGAAAAGACAAUCGCUAAACAAUAAACGCUAUGAUUUUCUCAUGAUGAAAGAUACGCUAUAUAACUGUUACGGUCGGCGGCGACUAUUCUUCGGCCGUGUAAAGGAAUCGUGCAGCCCUUGUCAGCCAUUUUCCUAUAAGCGCGGACGGGUUCGCUUAAAAACGCUACGUCGUAAUAUUUCUCACAGAUCAGUCAGUUUUAUCGCCAGCUCCAAUGUUGAAACACCGGUUACAUGCAAUAUCUAGAGCGUUCUUAUUCAACUCUUUUCCUCCUGAUCA